AUGAUUGACAACAAAAACAUAGAACCUAUAGCAAAUUUGUCUGAAGAUGAAGAUAAUUUUUUUCAUUUCAUGAGUUUUGUUAAAAAGAAAUGUGAAGAAGAUGUCUCUGACAUGAGUAAGAGUACAAUUAAGGAUGACACUGAAAAUAUUGAUAAAAAGUUAGAAGAUAUAGUUGAGUCUGACAUGGUAGAGAUAUAUGGAGGUUGGGAGAAGGUGGGUUGUAUAAAAGUUGAUUUGUAUAGAGGUUUGAGAAACAACUUUAGAAAUUGGGAUGAUUGUGAUACAACCACUGCCAUGGGUUAUCUUGAAUCAAAGAAAGGUCCAGAUCCAGGCUUCUUUUAUAGCCAUGAUGUCGAUGAAAAAAAUAGGUUAACUUACUUAUUUUGGGCUGAUGGAUCAAUGAAAGUGGAUUAUAAAUUGUUUGGGGAUUGUCUAUGUUUUGAUGCUACCUACAAAACAAACAGGCAUUGUGGGGCCAGGGCAACUGGAAUAUGCGAGUCUAUGAUUCGUCAAAAAAUAUUUAGGAAAAAGGCUACGAUUGUAUGGAUGUUCUUGAGGCAUUGUGACAAUGGCGUAGCUGCCUUACGUUAUAAUGAAAUGGCAGAAAAUUACAAGACAAAUAUGAGUGAUCCAUGUCCAAAACUGACAAGCAUGCCAAACAUUGAAGAACAAGCAGCUUCAAUCUUUACAAGGAAAGUAUUCAACCUAGUCAAAGGUGAGAUAAAAAUGGAAGAUAGGUAUUCUUGCUCAAAGUCUGAGAUUGUACCUAAUUAUGAUUUAUUUCUAAUAUCAAAGUAUAUGAGUAAUCAUCCUAAGUGUAAGGUUUUCAUUUCUCAUGAUGAGGAAGACAUCAAAUGUGAUUGCUAUUGGUUUGAGACUAGAGGAAUACCAUGUAGACACAUUUUUGCAUCCAUGAAGCACUCAAACAAAGGUAAUUUUCCACCUUGCCUUAUCAAUUCUCGUUGGGUGAAAGAUGUAAAAGACAUUGAUCCUAAAUCAGUUGGUAAAGAGAGAAGAUGUCCACAUCCCAAUGCAAUACAAAAUACUAGGUAUGGUAGAAUCAACACCCAAGCGAGUUUGGUAUCAUACUAUGCUACCAAAUCUCAAAGAGCAUUCACAAAGGCUAUGACUGUGAUGUCAACAUUGGUAGAAGACCUACAAAUUAUGACAAACAAUGAAGAUGAUGAUGAUGGAAUGAAGAUUUUCGGUUUACAAUUCAAAUUGACGAUCCAAAAGUAUAAGCAAAUAAGGGUAGGCCAACGAAAUUGCAAUCCUCCCAAAGAUUGUUUGUUGAAAGUGGUAGUAAAAUAA